AUGGAAGUAAUCCAAGACGGUCCAAUAUUUAUAGAUGUUAGUAGUGGACAGGAGCUACCAUCGGAAGAAUUAGUUCAGGACCCUGAACUAGAGACUGUACGAAAUGAUGAUGAAAACUACAAACCUGAAGUGGACAUGGAACUGCUAAAGAAAACCGAAGACCCAUAUCUGAGAAUUCAAAAACGUCGCAUUCGCUGUCCAGAAUGCUACAGGUAUACAGCGGAAAACGAGGAGAAGAUGCAACGGCAUAUUAGGAAGGUGCACAGAGGGGAGAACCCGUUCCAGUGUUCUAUGUGCGACUACAGUACCUACAACAAGUCGAUGUUUGAGGAACACGUCCGGAUCCACCAAGGGAUUAAGCCAUUCAAAUGCUCCAAGUGUCCCUACAGAAGCGUCUCGAAGAAAAACACCAAGAAGCACGAACUGAUACAUCGUCCAAAUAACCCACUGAAAUGUACGCAUUGCGACUUCAUCGCUCGUCACUCGCGUUCCUUCCUCUGUCAUAUAAAAAAGCACGCCAUAGAAGAGAAGUUAGACGAUAGUGAAGCCAUGAUUAAGUGUCUGAAGUGCGAUCAGAGUUACAAGAGGUCCGCGUUCAAGGAACAUCAGAAGGCAAAUGAAGACUGCAAGAGAUGUAGCUUCACGUCGUGCUCGAAAGCUUUGUUGUCCCGGCAUAUGACGAAGAUGCACGGAGAGGAGCGAAGGAAAAGGCUGCAAGAGGCCACUUUCACUUGCGCUAUCUGCGAGUGGUCCUCUCGAAACAGACCGCGAAUCCUACUUCAUCUAAUACACCAUCCCGAUCAGUACAUCGAUGAAAAUGUAAUCGACGUAACAGUUUUAAAAAAACAUGGUAUUAUAAAAUGA